AAAAAAAAAAAAAACGUGUAAACUACUUCCAGGCUUUUCCCAAGGAUAUUAAAUAAUCUCCGCUUGUCUUUGGAGAAUAACGGGAUUAUCCUAAAAUACAAGUUCCCAGAUGCUGCUACAAUCAUGGGACCAACACCUACAUAAAUCUUCCUAAGGCUUUGGAGGAGUGAGACGUCAUGGGGAAAUUAUGAACAAGGCUUAAAGUGCAGCUGACACCUUUUAAAGCUGCUGCAACUUUAUAUUUAUUUCUGUUUUAGAACACCAAACGUGUGUCUCAACUCAAAGUUUGUGGAGGUUUCCCCAAAAUCUACAUUUUAGUGACCAUUUAGUCGAAGGCACAGAACUAAAGGGUCUGCCAUUAUAAUUUCCCCCCUUCUACUCUCCUGCUACUUGUCAGUAUCAGAGACACCGACUGAUGGAGAGACAAAGGAAAGAGUCAGGAUAAGGACAAGCCAAAACAUUUUGGAAGUGAAGGAAAAAACUGCCGACUGGAUAAUUGGAGGAAAGUUCCUGCAAGCAUCUCUGUUUUAUAUUGCCUGUUUAGCAUUUAAAAAUCUUUUUAAUUGCUUAUCUAAAGGGAAGUUGGGGCUUGGCUCUGUGGCUCAUCGGGCCAAGAAUAAAUUAAAAAAGAGAAAAAUAGCAAAUUUUAGUAUGACAAGGGUGUUAAGAUUCCUAUGUUGGCCCCUGUGGCCCUUGGCCUUUUUCACCAUGCUAGCUACGGUGGACAUGCUGGAAUUUGGUGGGGCAACAGGCCAGUAUGCACGUUAUGGGCGCUGGGAAGCUGGAUCGGUGGGUGAGCUGAGCUUCAGUCUGAAGACCAAUGUCAGCCAAGCCUUGGUGCUCUAUCUCGACGACGGUGGGAACUGUGACUUCUUGGAGCUUCUGAUUGCUGGUGGACGUCUCCAACUGCGUUUUGCCAUCCACUGCGCCGAGCCAGCCAUUCUACACAUGGAGACACUAGUGAAUGAUGACCGUUGGCACAUGGUUUUGCUCACCCGCAAUUUUCGUGAGACUUUGCUAAUGGUAGAUGGAGAGACAAAAGUGGCGCAAGUCAAAUCAAAGAGGAAGGAAAUGGCAGUGGUCAGUGAUCUCUUCGUGGGUGGGAUCCCUCUUGACGUGCGCCUCUCUGCUCUGACCUCCAGCACUGUGAAGUAUGAACCACCCUUCAUGGGCUUAAUCACCAAUCUGAAGGUGGGGGAGAUGCCACCUACACUGUUAAACAGCCAAGGCAUUGAGAGUGACUUGGAGUACCUCUGCACCAAACAAAACCCAUGUUUCAACGGAGGGUUCUGUUCAAUUCAGUAUGGAGAAGUUCAGUGUGACUGUACCCACACUCGCUUCAGGGGGAAGUACUGCAAGGAAGCUGAAGAGUAUGCUGUCGAAGGUCUGGCGCACCUGACGUUAAACGACCAAGGUGACUCAUCUCUAGUCGGUAAGGAAGAGUCUGUAGCCACCUUCAAGGGCAACGAGUUCUUCUGCUACGAUCUGUCCCUGACGCCCAUCCAGAGCAGCACGGAUGAAAUAACGCUUUCCUUUCGAACGCUCCAACGCAACGGGCUCAUGCUACACACUGGCAAGUCAGCAGAUUAUGUAAACCUUUCCCUGAAGAGCGGCGCGGUCUGGCUGGUCAUCAACCUGGGCUCUGGGGCCUUUGAGGCCCUGGUGGAGCCAGUCAAUGGCAAGUUCAACGACAACGCCUGGCAUGAUGUGCGCGUCACCCGCAACCUGCGACAGCACGCAGGCAUUGGACACGCUAUGGUGACCAUCUCUGUUGAUGGCAUUUUGACCACCACUGGGUACACGCAAGAGGAUUACACCAUGUUGGGCUCCGAUGACUUCUUCUACAUUGGAGGAAGCCCCAACACAGCGGACCUGCCGGGAUCACCAGUCAGCAACAACUUCAUGGGAUGCCUUAAAGACGUGGUGUACAAGAACAAUGACUUUAAGCUGGAGCUCUCCCGACUCGCCAUCGACCGCGACCCUAAAAUCACACUGCAUGGUGAUUUGGUGUUCCGCUGCGAAGAUGUGGCGGCUCUUGAUCCUGUAACGUUUGAAGCCCCUGAAGCGUUCAUCUCUCUGCCAAAGUGGAACACUAAGAAGACGGGUUCCAUCUCCUUCGACUUCCGCACCACAGAGCCCAGCGGCCUGUUGCUAUUCAGCCAUGGGCGCCCUCAGGGGCCUAAGGAGCAGAAGCCUGGGAGGGAACUGAAGACUGAUUACUUUGCUAUGGAACUGCUGGAUGGAUAUUUAUACCUGCUGAUCGAUAUGGGCUCUGGAAAAACAAAGCUCAAGGCCAGCAACAAGAAGGUCAAUGACGGAGAAUGGUGCCACGUGGAUUUCCAAAGGGAAGGAAGGAAAGGGUCCAUCUCAGUCAACAGCCGAAGCCUGCCCUUUUUGUCGCCUGAAGGCAGUGAAAUCCUGGACCUGGACAGUGAUAUGUACCUCGGUGGACUGCCUGAGUCAAAGUCGGAUUUGAUCCUGCCGCCAGAGGUUUGGACGGCCCUCUUGAACUACGGCUAUGUGGGCUGCGUCCGUGAUUUAUUCAUCGAUGGCAAGAGUCGUGACGUACGGCGUCUGGCUGAGAUCCAGAGUGCUUUGGGUGUCAGCAGCUUCUGCACCCGAGAGCUGCAGAAGCGCUGCAGCAGUGCCCCCUGUAGCAAUGGUGGCCUGUGCAAGGAGGGCUGGAACCGUUACAUAUGUGACUGCACUGGGACUGGAUACCUAGGAACCAACUGUGAGAUAGAGGCAACAGUUCUGAGUUAUGACGGCAGCAUGUACCUGAAGAUCAUCAUGCCCGUCACCAUGCACACGGAGGCAGAGGAUGUGGCGCUGCGCUUUAUGUCACAGCGGGCGUACGGCCUGCUCAUGGCCACCACCUCUAAAGAGUCAGCGGACACCCUGCGACUGGAGCUGGACGGAGGCCGCGUCAAACUUACUGUCAACCUUGAUUGUAUCAGGAUAGACUGUAGCCUCAGCAAAGGACCCGAGACACUGUUCGCAGGGCAGAAACUGAAUGACAACGAGUGGCACACGGUGAAGGUGGUGCGACGAGGCAAGAGCCUGCAGCUGUCGGUGGAUAAUGUCACAGUUGAAGGCCAGAUGACCGGUGCCCACACACGCCUUGAGUUCCACAACAUCGAGACAGGCAUCAUGACAGAGCGCCGCUUUAUUUCCGUGGUGCCCUCAAACUUCAUUGGCCAUCUACAGGGCCUUACUUUCAAUAGUAUUCCAUAUCUGGAUCAGUGUAAAAACGGCGACAUCUCCUACUGCGAGCUGAACGCCCGAUUCGGAAUGCGUCACAUCAUCGCAGAUCCUGUGACGUUUCGGACAAAAGGCAGCUACUUAGCUUUAGCCACCUUACAAGCCUAUGCCUCCAUGCACCUGUUCUUUCAGUUUAAAACCACCACGCCGGAUGGCCUCAUGCUCUUCAACUCUGGAGAUGGGAAUGACUUCAUAGUUGUGGAACUAGUGAAGGGGUACGUCCACUAUGUCUUUGAUCUCGGCAACGGCCCAUCACUAAUGAAGGGGAAUUCAGACAAGCCACUCAAUGACAAUCAAUGGCACAACGUGGUGGUGUCCCGGGAUGCCAACAAUGUACACACGCUUAAGAUCGACUCACGCACCGUGACACAGCACUCCAAUGGUGCUCGUAACCUGGACCUCAAGGGAGAGCUGUACAUCGGUGGUGUGACGAAAAACAUGUACAGCAAUCUGCCCAAACUUAUUGCAUCCCGGGACGGGUACCAGGGCUGUCUGGCCUCUGUGGACCUGAAUGGGAGACUCCCUGACCUGAUCGCAGAUGCCCUCCACAAGGUGGGGCAGGUGGAACGAGGCUGCGAUGGACCGAGUACCACCUGUACGGAGGAGUCCUGCUACCAUCAGGGAGUCUGUCUCCAGCAGUGGGAGGGCUUCACCUGCGACUGCACCAUGACGUCCUAUGGAGGCUCAUUUUGCAAUGACCCUGGGACAACUUACAUCUUUGGACGAGGCGGAGCCCUCAUCACAUACACCUGGCCACCCAAUGACCGGCCGAGCACACGGGCAGACCGGCUGGCAGUGGGCUUCAGCACGCAGCUGAAGGAAGCCAUUCUGGUCAGGGUGGAGAGCGCCAAAGGACUGGGAGAUUACCUGGAGCUGCACAUAGAACGGGGAAAGGUCGGCGUGAUCUUCAACGUGGGAACGGACGACAUCACCAUUGAGGAGAGCGCGGUGAUGGUGAGCGACGGAAAGUACCAUGUGGUGCGAUUCACACGCAGUGGUGGCAACGCCACACUGCAGGUGGACAACCAGCCCGUCAUCGAGCGUUUCCCCUCAGGGACCUCUGAUAAUGAGCGCCUGGCUCUUGCUAGACAAAGAAUCCCAUACCGACUUGGUCGGGUAGUUGAUGAGUGGCUACUCGAAAAAGAUGUGAGCCCGAAUGCAGAUGACCUGUUGGUAGCCUCAGCAGAGUGUCCAAGUGAUGAUGAGGAUUUGGAGGAGUGCGAGCCUGGAAAUGGAGGUGAAUUAGUCUUGCCCAUUAUAACGGUGGACUCCCUAGACCCCCCCUCUAUUGCCACACGUUACCCAGUAAUUCCCUCGCCCCCCACUACCUACCGUCCUUUCCUCACCCUACUCGAAACCACCAAAGAGUCCGUCCCCGUGUCCAACGGCCGCCCCCCCUGCCCUUUGGACCAAGAGGACUGCGAGGAGACCAUAGAGGUUUCGGGUUCGGGGGAGAUGACAGAGACAGAUGAUGAAGACUAUUACAAAAACUCCCCUCUGGUCACUGAUAGGACUGUCCUCCCCCCUCCCCCGGCAGUCGAUAGUGGGGUCCUUAACCCCCGAGACCGUCACUUCUCUCGCUACCCCAUUUCCCAACACCCAUCGCUUUCCUCUACCCCCACUGCCAACCCCGACCAGCUCGGACCUCGUGUCAAACCGGCUGCUGGCGGCAGCAGCAGUAGUAGCAACAAUAUCCCUGCAGGCAAAAUGAACACCCGGGACCAGGUGCUGCUGCCGCCGGCCCACCCCUCCUCAGAUCCAGGCCACCGCAGAAUCCCGGGAAUAACAUACCCGCCAAAUUUCCCCCAUGUUCCCACUCCAGAUCCCACAUCUCCAGAGAGAGGCCUCCCCGGCGCCGUAGAGGUGCAGCAGUCCAGCAGCACCACAGGAAUGGUGGUAGGCAUUGUAGCCGCAGCGGCGCUCUGCAUUCUCAUCCUGCUCUACGCCAUGUACAAGUACCGCAACCGAGACGAGGGCUCCUACCAGGUGGACCAGAGUCGCAACUACAUCAGCAACUCGGCCACGCAGAGCAACGGCACCCUGGUGAAGGAAAAACAGCCCGCCACUGCCAAGACUGUCACCAAGAACAAGAAGAACAAAGACAAGGAGUACUAUGUGUGAGGAAGCACCACCGUCACACGCAAGGACAGACAGCGGGUGCAUGUAGAUAUGGAAAGAGACGGGAGAAAGACUGAGACAGAGGGAGAGACAUCUAAAACACCAAUUGGGUGAGUCAAGAAAAAAAAUCAGUAUUGUGAAUUCAAGUUAACGGCCAAACACAGCGGACAGCAUCGCACAGAAGCAUUCUUCUCAUUUUUUAGACCUUAGAAAUUAAAUUAAAGCAGAAUUAUCUACACCCAAAUUUGAAUUAUUCUAGAGAAGGUGCCAACAACAAACACAAAGGAAAUGCUGAAGAUGCUGGGAUUUUUUAGCAUUUUAAAAGGUAAUAACAAGUCUUCAGCACUUGUAACAAGCAUUACCAAAAGUAUUUGCUCAAUCUUUAUCUUUAGCCAUUUGAGAAAAUGGGUCUUGAACCGAAAAAGUAUAUGUGAACACUGAAAUAGAGCAUAAAUUAGCAACUAGCAAGCAUUUCCCCUAAUUUACCACCACCUUGCAGAAAUACUUCAGCAGUACCUCGCCUGGGCGUCAACAAGCAUCUCUGAUCUCAGUGGCGGAUCUCUCUCUCUCUAUCUCUGAUUGGCUAAUUCUCUCUUUGUCUCUGCUUGUCUACGUUGCCCUGCUGCUGAUGCAACGCGAACUCUGCCAUGUUUCAAGCAUGUAGUAUUCAUUUACGAAAAAGAGAUCAACAGUUUUUCUUUUUGUGGAGUUAAAAAAAAAAAAAAAAAAAAACGAAAAAAAA